AUUUUGUUUUUUUUCGCCUGCAGCGCAAUGUGCUCAUUUAUAUAUGUCACUUCGCAUUUUAGCAAUAAUAUUUGUUUUAGUAAAUAGAAAAUCAAGUAAUUUGAAUGAAGAUGUAAAUAAUGGAACAAACCACAAAACCUGUUAACUGCAGAGUUUGCCUGCGUUAUGAUUUAGAGAAACAAAUAUUCUUUUUUGUGUUUGAGAAAUACAAUGAUGCUUUAAUAUCAGACAGAAUUAAAUAUGUGACGAAUAUUGAUGUAAAAGAAAACGAUGGAUACCCAGAGUUAAUAUGUCCAGAAUGCUUAUUGCAACUUGAAUCUGCUGUCGACUUCAAACAGAAGUUUGAGACCUCGGAUAAGAUUCUGCGCGCCCUUGUAAAUAAACCUAAACCAUUGAAGGUGCCAGUUCCUAGUGUAGUUAAUGGAUUGCUUGAGAUAGCCGAAGUAGGGAGCCCAGAUGUAUUCGAAAAUGAAGUUAUAGAACCUGUAGCAAUAGGCAGUGACACAGAAGAAAAUACCACCAAGAAAAACAAACCCAUUCAAGUGAAGUUAAUAUGUGAUGACUGUGGAGAGAGUUUCAAGAGUAAAUGCAAGUUAGCUGUACACUGGAGGAAAGUACACCAACCGGAAAAGUUAAUUUGUCAGAAAUGCAAACGAGUUUUUAAAUCAUUUAAAGCUUAUAAUGUUCAUAUCAAAACACAGUCUCGCAGCUGCAGAGUCGCCGACAAAAUCCGCGUCGAAGGACUGGGCCGGGACCGGGUGUUUCACUGUCUUGAGUGUACAUACAGUACAAAACGUAUCAAGGAUAUGGAUGCACAUUUGACAACACACACAGGUGAUAGACGGUUCCACUGCCGCGACUGCCCCAAGUCUUUCACACAACAUAGUUCCCUACAAGGCCACAGAGAGGCUUAUCACAAAGAUUACAAAGUUGAAACAACAUGCCAUGUCUGCGGUAAACAUAUACAAGGAAGAAGUAAAUAUUACAAACACUUGCGGAUACACAGGCCAAAAUCAGUUCAGUGUGAGAUAUGUAAGAAAAUGUUUAAAUGUCGUACGAAUUUGAAUACUCACAUGAAACGCCACAGCGGUGUGAGAAGCUAUAUCUGUGAGAUUUGCCCUGCUAACUUUUUCACGCUCGGAGAACUCUGUAAUCACAGAAGACGAGUACAUCAAAAGGCUAAGAAAUAUCAUUGUGAUAUAUGCGAAUAUAGUUCUUACACUGAGGCUUCACUGAAAACACAUAAAGCACGGCACACACUGAGUAAUGUUGCUUGUUUGACAUGCGGAAUGUUUCUUGAAAAUGCUGAAAAGUUAGAAAUACAUCAGAAGCGGCAUGUUGAAAAGAACUACCAGUGCCCACACUGCGACAAAAAGUUCUUCGCAAAGGAUUCCAUACAUAGGCACAUUAUGAAGCAUCACAGCACAGAAAUGACCAUGAUGCCAUUAGGUAAAAUUAAAGCUGAAAAGGAAAAAGCAGAAAAUUCUAUGAACAUUAAACAAGAGUGUAAAUUGGAAAAUAAAUAUGAUCAUGUUAUAACAUUGUCACCAUAACUAGUUAAUAUCUUUAAUAGGAAAGUCGACUGGGUAUAAAAGGAAAAAAUCUAAUUAGUCCCUCAGUUAGAUAAUUGAAAAGUAUGCACGCA